CAUCUCUCAGUAGUCUGCCGACCACUGUCGUGUUCACGCGCGCGCCACGCAUAUCCACCCGAGAUAUAACGCGCCAAAUAACUUACGGAGAAAAUACUUGACGCAAAAACGGUGCGGUUUAAAAACAUGUGCAGCCGAUUUGAAUUAUAAAAUAAAUCUAACAAGGAGAUCAUAAUUAUAUUGAUAUUAACUUUAAGAUUGAUUUUAAACUGAAUAUUCAAGGCGGUGAUAUUUUGGUACCAGGGCAAACUGCCAGAUUGUCUUUAUACUAUCAACAGCAUGUUGCAUUUUACUAAUAUCACGUAAAUAAUACAAAUUAGACAUUUAUCGAGUUUGCUUUUUGUAAAUUGUCAAUUAAGCCGUGUUUGCGGCGUGUGUAAUAAAAAAUAGUCUAAAUUUAGAUAAAUGUAGAGCACAAAACACAUAAAAAGUUAUAAAAAGCGGAGAAUUGCCGGUUAAUUAUGAUAAUGUCAAUAUUAUGCAAUUAAUUGGUACGAGGCACGCCCGACUGGUUUCGGUCACGGAUUUUGGCGCUCAGUGAAACUAUAGUGCGUUAAGAUGGAGAUGUCCUCAUCGGAACAGCUCGAGCCAGCUGGUGCUGACGGAGCCAGUCCUGGCAGGAGAGCGGCUGUUCCUAAAAUCCCACUGGCUCUGAGGCUGUGGAGCCUGCUGCAGCCACUGGCAAGGUUGUGGGGAUUGAUCACGGCUGUGGUGAUGAGUGGCGCGGGUUCCGAACUCGUGGUGCUAGGGCGAGGGGCAUCAGGGCCGGGCUUGCUCGUCGGAUCAGCAUGCGUGCUUAUAUUGGAGACGAUGUGGGUCGCGGCGCUGUUCGUGGACGUGUUAUGCCGCCGCGGGGAGUACACGCUGCCGCUGCGAUGCUGGGACUUCACGCGCUGGUCGUGCGGCCGCGCGCGCGCUCCCGCGUACGCGUGUGCUGCCACCGCACUGCUGUUCGCUGACCUCACGCUGCUGGCCACUAUUUCAGGUGGCAUGCUGCUGGUAUUAGCGGCGCUCCGAGCCGCAAUACCCUUCUCGCCAAACGCGACACACGGGCCGCACUCACCCCGCGCCGGUAGCUCUCUGCUCAGUCAGCUGGACUCGCCGUUGCCUGAUGUGUUCUACUCACAGACUGUAAAGGAAAGGUGUGAAGAAAUGACCGUAUUGGAUCUAAAGGUGCCAGACAGGAACCGCUCGCCUUCGCCCAAGCCCCCCCUUCUAGAGCUAUGACUCAAUUCUGCUCAAUCGUUACUAUAAACAUAAAACAUAAACAUAGGUAAUUUAUUCAAAAAACACGUAUUUCAUGGUUAUAUUCAUUCACUAUGAAUUUAUGCUUUUGUCAUUGCCAAGUCUCCACGCAAUUAUUUGUCUUCUUAAAUAGUAUAUGAGUCAUAAAUGGUGUACAACUCUACAUACACAAAUAUGUAAAUAUUUACUUAACAUAAUACUGAUAUUGAAAAUAGAAAGAUUUGUAACAAUAGCCGGUUAUGACUCAAGUGUAGGAAUUUGGCGUAAGAUUAAACUUGUCUAAAUGUAUAAGUUUAGGUGGAAAGGUAGGUAGUAAAGCUAUAGUAAAAAAAAUCUAGAAAUACUUAAUUAGGUAUUUAUUAUUAACCUACCGAGCAACUGUGAUAGCCUAGAAUAAUGUUAACUUAAUAUCACUUAAAAUGUUACAACGGCGUAAGGUUACAAUGAACUUUUAUACUAAGUUUAUAAAAUUUAUAAACACAA